AUGAACGUGGCCAGAUCACUCAGGCAUGUUCGCAGGCAUGGUUCUUCGCCACGACAUACCUCUCUCCCAAGACGGAGUACCAGGAGACACCUCUCUGUCCAGCGCAUAGCCGGCUCCUUGGGAGCUGAAGUCGAGGACAUCGACCUGAAUCAUAUAUCAGAGAACCCCGGCCUUGUGCGAGAGAUCCGCGAAGCAUUCCUCGAGCACCAAGUCAUCUUCUUCCGGGAUCAGAAUCAUCUUGAGCCAGAGUCGUUCCUCAAUUUCGCCUCUCAAUUCGGCAAGUCCGUCAAGUAUCCUUUCGUACGGGGCAUCGACGGCUUUCCCGAGAUCAUCCAGGUGUUAAAGCAGGAGCACGAGACCGUCAACUUCGGCGGUAUCUGGUACAGCGACACAUCGUAUUUCGAAGAGCCACCAAUGGGCUCAAUCCUGUUGGCGAAAGAAGUUCCCCCCUUUGGCGGUGACACCCUCUUUGCCAACCAAUAUGCGGCAUACGAGUCUCUGUCAGAGGGACUGAAACGAACACUGAGCUCCCUGAAGGCGGUAAGCACUUCUGUGAAAGCAGAUGUGAGCAAGACGCGCGAAGACAGAGUUCGGGACAGUGGCAACAGCGCUGCUCAGUCAUCUGUCAUGGAGGCCGUUCACCCUGUCGUCCGGACGCAUCCAGAGACAGGCCGCAAAGCCCUCUAUGUGAAUGUAGCGCAUACCUCUCAUUUUGAGGGUUGGACGGAAGCUGAGUCGAGUCCACUGUUGCAGUUUCUUUUCAAUCAUCAGAUAAGACCUGAGUUUACCUGCAGAUUUCGUUGGAAGAUAGGCAGCAUUGCGUUCUGGGAUAAUCGAUGUGUCCAGCAUAAUCCGAUUAAUGAUUACCAUGGAUAUCGACGCAGUAUGUUGAGAAUCACGCUUGCUGGAGAUAGGCCAAGAUAG